GGUGCUCGCGAGCAAGAGACGUGUCCGGAUUCCCGACUCGGGCAGACGAACGUUUUCAAAAUGGCUGUGCCUUCUGGAAAUCUCGCUGCCCGCUGCUAAAUAUUCGUGAAAAAUAAAAUCAAGCGCAAGUUGUUAGGAUGGCAGUUCGACGAGUCUUCGUCUUCGCGGCGAUUUGCGUUCUUACCGAGCUGACGCCUGGAAGCCAAGGCACCCAACGAUGUGUCAAGUGCAGGUCAAGAGGUGAGCUGGGUUCGUGCAAAGACCCUUUUACCAUGAACGUCACGCAGAUCGAGAGCGAACACGGAGUUGAGGUGCAACCUUGUGUGUCUCACUGGUGCGCCAAAAGUACGGAGGCUCGAAGUAUCAAUAAUGAAUACGGCACUGCGACAGAGCGCUGGUGCCUGCAACGUGGACCCGAAGACGGCGAGGAACGCUGCGCCUACACCAAGUGGAAUGGCAAGAAGAUCUUCAUGUGCAUGUGCCAAGGCGACUUGUGCAAUACCACGAGCAGCUUGGCGAUCGUUUCGGCUCUCCUCGUGAUUAGCCCUGCGUACGCGCUGCGCUGGCUGUAACUUGUACGUAUAGUAAUCGAUCGACCUGUCGCGAGGUCAAUUUUAACUGACUUUAAAUUCAGCGCGAAAGCUUCGCACGGCUGACUCGUGUAAGCAGCAGUCCAAUUUCAGCUUAUCAAAGGCUUUCGAUUUUUAUGUAUUUUUGAGUAACAAGUUUCAUUACUCGUUACUUCUUAGUAAGCACUGGAUAUUGUACGCUAAUAGACAGUUAAUCCUAGGAAAGUUUUGAAUCGUGCGUGACAAGCGCAUUAUAAGCUCAAGGUGUUCCAAGUUUCUCGAUUUGGCCGUGCUUGGCUAUCACAGUCCAUGUUCUUUAUUUAUAAAAUUCAGGAAUACCAUUUGAAAAUAUAAUGAACGGCUCUCAAAAUAAUAUAGUUAAAUUCAUUUUCACUGAGAAAUACGUAGAAAUCAACUCAUUUUAACAAUUGUCAGUGCGUUCAAUCCAACUAAUUUUUUUUUUGGAACAUGUCUAUUUGUAAUUUUAUAAUUCGUGUACAUAUCGCCUAUACAUUUUGUAAUAUACAUUGUAAUAAAAAUG